UGCUCCCAUAGGCUCUCAUUGUGCUUCUUGCCCCCACUUCCAUUCUCUUAGGCCCCAAUUCCCUUCUCUCUUUUUUCUCACAUUUCAGAAGCCCUUUCUCAUUGGAGACAAAAUGGCCAAUGCAGCUUCUGGAAUGGCUGUGCACGAUGACUGCAAGCUGAAGUUCUUGGAGCUAAAAGCAAAGAGGAACUAUCGAUUCAUUCUGUUCAAGAUUGAACAACAACAAAUUGUGAUUGAUAAGCUCGGGGAACCUAAUGAGAGUUAUGAUGAUUUCACCUCCAGUUUUCCUGCUGAUGAGUGUCGUUAUGCUGUCUUUGAUUUCGAUUUCACUACCGAAGAGAACUGCCAGAAAAGCAAGAUUUUCUUCAUUGCAUGGUCACCGGAUUCAUCAAAGGUGAGGAUGAAGAUGGUGUAUGCUAGUUCCAAGGACAGAUUCAAGAGAGAAUUGGAUGGCAUUUCAUUCGAAUUGCAAGCAACAGAUCCAAGUGAGAUGAGCUUGGACAUAGUGAAAGGGCGAGUCUUCUAAGCCAAGCCACCCCUUUUGCUCUCUUCUCCAAUCUUUCAUGCUUUCCCUCACUGUUUCCUUUGGAGGCCACCAAAUUUUAUAGCCAUUAUUAUUACUUGGACUUUUGUUUAAAAAACUCCAAAUUAGCCAAGUGAAUCUGUGAAUGUAAUAUGUACUCUUCUGUAUAACGUCAACAGCCAUAUUCGAAAAACAAUAGAGUUUUUGGGAUUAAACAAAGGCUCUCAAAACCAAAUUGGCUGCAGCCAUGAGAGCAUUAGUUGAUGCUUGUGGAUGCUGCUUUGAAUAGGGUUGCUUCCACUUAUCUAGUGUUGCUCUUAGACAGAUUGUUAUGAGUAGAGCAUGAUAAUCUCUGGUUUAUAGCAAUCUCAGUUUCUAUACCCCUUGUUUUUUUCACUCGGGGUGAUUC